UAGACGCUCCCUUUCCUCUUCGUUUUAGACUUGUGCUUGUAAUUGGCAGACGCUCCCUUGCCCCUGCGCAGGCCAAUCGCUGUUGUGUGACUUUUUCAUUUCCGGGAUGUUUGGUGAUGUGGCUCUGCUCACAAAUCCCAAACACGACAUUUAUUCAAGAGUCCGAGAACAGCAGCUUCUGCUCGCUUGAGGAGGAUCCACAGCAGGUCGGCCAUGUUUAGCCGGCUGACCCAAGGCGUGACCUCGGUGCUGCAGGAGUUAUCCGGGGAGGAGCAGCAUGGCGAUGAUGCUGAUCCUCAGGGUGAUUUGGUGCCGACGUUGUUAUCCGGCCCUGAUGCCUCCUCAGAUGUCUCGGGAGCUUCAGAAGAGAUCCUGGACCGAUUGGCUCAGACAGAACAGCUGGUGGUUCAGCUUAAAGAGCUGAUCAGGGAGAAGGACGAUCAGCUGGCCAGCGCUGAGAAACUGCACAAGGAGGAGAAGGAGCAGGGUGAAGCAAAGUUCACCAAACUGAAACUGCAGGCGAAAGCCAAGAUGGCUGCUCUGAAUAAACAGAUUGCUGAGCUGAAAGGUCAGGAGGGACUGAACACCAGUCAGAGUUCAGAGAGCUCCUUCACUCUGCCUUCUGGCUUGGAGGAGGAGCUCCAGAAGUUAAGAGAGAAGUUAAGUCAGGAGGAGUCGUCGACUCGAAGCCUGCGAGAGCAGCUGAGUGUCUCGGAGCAGCGGGAGAGAGAGAGAGAGGCGGAGCACGCGGAGCAGGUGCGAGUUCUGCAGGCUGUAGUAAAGGACAAAGACGUGCGGUUUCAGGAGCAAAUCCAAAAGCACGAGGAGGAGCUGCUCCAGCUCAACACCCAGGCUUCGAAUGACGCCGAGUUACAGCAGGCUCUGCGUGAUUCCCAGAGGAGGAUCGAGGAGCUGGAGGAAUCCUUACGCUCUCGAUCAGAAGUCCUGGAGAUGUUACAGCAGGAGCUCAACAGUGCAGAUCAACAGAAACAGAUUCUGACUGCACAGUUCAGACAGAUGGAGCAGGAGCUGGCUGAAGCCCACAAACUGACAGAACAGGAGAAGCAGCAAUCAGCCACACAUGCUGAGGAACAGCUCCAAGCACUGAGGAGCAACCUGGAGGCUUUAGAGAAGGAGAAAGAGAAGACGAUCAUGGCUCUUCAAGCAGAAUUGUCCCAAAGGACAUCGGAGCUGGACCAAGCGAAAGCAAGUCUGGAUGAAAGGGAUCGUAAAGGGAAGGAAGAGGAGGCUUGUAUCGAGGCAGAGCUAACCACCCUGCGAGCCAACCUAGAAGCUUCCGAGAGACACCGAGAGGAGGUGACGAAGAAGCUGGAGGUCGAGGUUGAAUGUCGAGUUGCUGAGCUGCACCUGUUACAAGAGAAGCUCGAUGCGGUGGAAAGGGAAAGAGAGGAAGCGUCGCAGAGCGAAAGAGAGGAGUUGACACGGCUGCAGACAGAGCUCGCGUCCCUCAGAGAAAGGCUGGAUGCAGGAACAGUGGAACAGGAAGCUGGGGUACAAGCCAAGCAAGCGCUGGAAAAGCUCUGGAAAGGACUUCAGUCUCUCAGCAGUGAAGGAUCUGACGUAGAGAUGGCCGUCCCAGAAGAUCCUGCGCAAGUUCUGCCUGUUUUAGAAACUAGAUUGGACAACCUGAGAGCAGAACAUCUGGAGAGAGAAGAGCGGAUGUCUCAAAUCAGCAUCGCCAUAGAAACUCUGCAAGGACAGCUCGAUAAAAGCACCGCGGAGGGAGUGGAGGCUGCAGUGAGGAUUCAGCAGCUGGAACAGCAGCUUGCCGAGCGUCAGGUGAGCGAUGAGGCUACUGAUGAGACACCGGGAGAUCAGGUGACUGACCCGUCUGCGAAGGAUUUGGAUAAAGCAGAAGGUGCAGAUGGACACAGUUCUGAGAAGUUCUUGGCACUGGAGCAGCAGCUGGUAGAGAAAGAGAAGGAACUUGCUGCCCUCAGGGAACGGCUGGCAGUCACAGAGUUACAGAACCAGAAGAUUUCACAGGAAGGAAAUUCUGACUCUCAAAAUACCGAAAACAUUCCUAGCAUAUCUGACGGUUCUGGAGUGCUACCUGGUCUUGAAGACGUUCCAGAGGAAGACACAACACUGAUUGCAGUCAAUACAGAAACAUCUGUGAUGUCUACAUCUGUCGUGUCUUCAUCUGCUGAUAAUGAGAGCAGUCCUGAGAUGAUUGGACCACAACCUGAGUCACCUGCAGAGUUAAAGGGAGCUUCUUCAGAUGAGAUGGUAACUAGCACAGACUCAGAAGUUGCUCAUAGCAGCUGGACACUUCUGGAAGCUGUUAAUCAAGAUGCAGGUCAAGAGUGGCCUCAACAAAUUCAGGACUUAAAUGCUCUUCACCUUUCCACCCAGUCCUGGGAAGAAACUAGUGAAGAGCAGGUCACAUCUACAUGCUCGAUGGUAAAGGUUGAGUCAUCAUCCAUGGUUAUCCAGGAAACGGUACAGAUUCAAUUUAGCCAGCAGGAGGCAAACUUGCUGAAUGCUGAUUCCAGUCCUGGUCAGGCUUUUGCACAUAUACUGGCAGAGGAACUCCAGAAACGAUACAGCGAACUACUGAGUGAACUUCAACAAAUGAAAGAUUCAGCUGCUGAGUCUCAGGGGAAAGUACACCUCCUGGAAGAGGAACUGAAGUCACUAACAGUUGUUAAAGAUGAAGCAGAGGCACGGGCCUUAAGAUAUGAAAGGGACUCGAUGGAAGCUCAAGCUGAGAUUCAUAGAGAAGCAGAGCAGAAGACAUCAGAGCAACAUGAGCAGAAGAAAGUCCUUGAGGAGCAACUGGAGAGCUUGCUGAAGGAGGCUCAUUCCAAAGAUCAGAUGAUCCAGUCGCUUCAGGCAGAACUUGAUGACACGCAGCAGAAACUUACUGAGAAAGAAGGUCAAGCCCUGAUGCUGGGUACACAGUUGGAGGACGGAGAACUUGUCUCUUCAGAACUGGAGGAGAAAAUCUUUGCUAUGGAGGCAAGGAUUCAGCAAUUUUCUGAGGAGGCUGAGAGAGCUAAAGCUGCUCUCCUUGGCAAGACCAUGGAGCUUGAUGAUUUGCAGCAGUCUCUUUCCUUGAAAGAGCAGGAGAUGACGGAACUCAGUAAUAGCAUGACUGCCAAACUGCUUCAAGCAGAUGAGGAAAAAUUUACAAUAUCUAGUGAGGUCAAAAUGCUAAAAGAUCAGAUGAUGGAACUUGAGAAAACCUGGCAUGACCAGCAGAAAGUGAAAGCAGAUAAAACACCUGGUGAAAGUGAGGACUUGGUAGCUUUGCAGAAGGAGAAUGAGAACCUGAUUGCUCAAAUAGCUACUAUAAAAACAGAUGGGGAACAGAUGAAGCGAAAGUUGCAGGCAGCUUUGGUACAGCGCAAAGAAUUGAUGAAAAAGAUUUCUGAAUUUCAGAAGGAAGCAGAAGGUUGCAAAGAAAAAGUAAAUCUAGAGGGAGAUGUUAGCUGUGAGGAAAGGGAACAGGAACUACAGAAGCUUGAUGCACAAUUACAAGAGACCAGAAAAGUCUUGAAUUCCAAAGAAGAGGCUUUGAAUGUUCUGGAACAGAAAAUGCAGAGCCAAGAUCAAGCACUAGCCGAGGCGCAUGUAGAAAUCCAGCGCCUGAUUGAGGAGGCUAAAGCAUUAAGUGAAAAAGGACAAAUGAUGCACCAAGUUCAAGACGACAACAUUAGACUCCAGGCACAGGUCACCAGCAUGGAAUCUGAGCUUGAUGUAUUGCAGAAAAAGCUACAGGAGGCUGUGGAUUCUCGUAAAGACACCCUGCGCAAGGCGAAGGAAAAGGAUAGGCACCAUCGUGAGCAGCUGAGACUACAGAAAGAAGAGUACAGUGGUCUCCUAGAACGUUUUGAAGCUAAGGAUGAUGAGAAAGCUAAGCUAAUAAAACGUUUGAAUGAGCUAGAAAGUCUUGUGGAGUCGGGGGAACCAGGAGAUAAAGAAAAGCUUAUAAAUGUAGAGGAAGUGUCUGAGACUACAUCUGGCAAAGUGGAGAAACCAGGAUCAGGAGAUUGGGUUCAAGAGGAUUGGGUGGACUUUACCACACCUGAUACUGAAACCAGUCAGCAAAGAUCACCUGCUGAGCAACCUCCACAAGCCACAUCAGAAACUCACGAGAGUGUGAUAAUGUCCCUUCAAGACAAGGUAAAAUUUGAACAAGCUGCCCGUUUGGAUUUAGAAAUACAGCUGCAAGAAAGUCAGGCAUCUCUGUCACUCAAGGAGACUGAGUGGCUUGAGCUCAACAAAGAGCUGGAGACAUUGAGGGAAAAGGAGAAACAGAUUGAUGCUCUUUCAGAAGAACUGGAUGCUUUGAGAAAAAAGUGUGAGCAAGCAGAAGCCCAUGCAGAAAUGUUAAAGGCAGAAGUGGAGGAGGCUGCUGUUGUGGUCAAGACAAACAUCUCUGAUGCAGAAUCUCCCGUUGUAGCUCUUCAGGCAGAGGUAGAGGAGUUUAAGCAGUUCCUCAAAAAUAAAAAUGAUGAGAUCAUUGACCUAAGCCAGCAGCUGAAUGAGCAGAGCUUCCUUCUACAGAAAAUGCAGGAAACUGUAUUGGAGAAAGAUCAGCUGAUCGCUUCCUUACAAGAAGGAUUGAAAGCUGAGCAAGAGAGGAGUCAAAAACUGGAAGCAGAAAUCCCACAGAAGCAGGAGGAAGAGAAAGACAACAAUGCCAAGCUACAGCAGCUUCAGCGCAAAUUUCAGGCUGCUCUGGUAUCACGAAAGGAAGUUCUCAAAGAAAACCAGAGUUUAAAGGAAGAGCUGACUAGUGCUGAGAAGUCGAGAUCAGAGUUGCUAGCAAAGAUUACGAAUAUCGAGGCAAAUCUGAGUAAUCUAAGUACAGAGAAAGACAAACUAAUUGAAGAGGUAGAUAGGACCUUGCUGCAGAACCAAAGUCUUGGUGCCACUUGUGAAAGCCUUAAACUAGCAAUGGAUGGUCUGGUAAAUGAAAAAGAAAUGUACAAGCACCAAAUUGAAAGUGCCAGAGAAGAAGCUGAGCAAGCAUGUAGGCAAUGGGAAGAAAAGGUGCAAGGCAUGAAGGAGGAGUAUGAGACCUUGCUGAAAUCAUAUGAGAACGUGAGCGAUGAAGCUGAACGGGUUAGAAGAGUGCUGGAGGCUGCAAGACAAGAGAGGCAAGAAUCAGCGGCCAAAGCACGGGCCCAUGAGGCAGCCAAACAAGAGGCAGAAAAGAUGGCAGAAGAAGCUCAGAAGGAAGUGAAUGCUGUAAAGGAAAAAAUGCGAAAGUUUGCCAAGACAAAACAUCAGAAAAUUAUGGAACUAGAAGAGGAGAAUGAAAAGCUUCGAGAACAGUUGGAGAAGAAAGGAACCAAAGAACAAGACACCAAUUUGGAGCAAGAACUUGAGAAAGUUAAGAAUGAGUUUGAAGCUUUGAAAGCUAAUUUUGAUUCAUUAGAAACUGAACGAAAUUCUUUGGAACAGGAAACUGAAAAACUGAAACAGCAGCUGGCUCAAGAAAUUGACAAAAAGACCAGUGGACUUUUGGAUGUUGAUUCCUCUGAGGACAUUAAGGAACAUGUAGUUGCUCAGCAUUUGAGCCCUGUUUUAACUGAAAACCAAGAAGAUCUAGCUCUUGGUAGCAUUUCCAGAGAGUCUGAUUUGUUGGAGCAACCAGAGGGGUCAGUGGGACCCAAGUCCCAACAAGAAGCCUCAGAAGUGGAAACUGAGAUCGAAAGGACUGAAUGUCAACACACAGAAACUGAUGAACAGCUCAAGGAAAGGGAGGCAGCUCUUGAGGUAGCAGAGGGCAAAUUAAAAGAACUACAAGCUGCUCUUGAAGAUGAGAAACGAACCAGAUUUGAACGAGAAACAUUGCUAAAUGCAGAGUUGUCCUCUCUUAGGCAACACCUUCAGGAGUCUGUAGAACGAGAAGAGAAGUUGAAAGAGGAGUGCUCAAACAGAGAAACCCAGCUUCCGGUGACUCGCACAAGAUUUGAAGACACAAUGGGAACCAGAGUUGAUCAGGAAACUUUGCUUAAUUCAGAGCUGGCCUCUCUUAAGCAACAUCUUCAGGAGUCUGUAGAAAGAGAGCAGAGGCUGAAGGAAGAGUGCUCUAAGAAAGAAAAUCAGCUUCAGGAACUUCGCACAAGUCUAGAGGUUGAGAAGGAUGACCUUGAAGAACGACUGAUGAACCAGUUAGCCCAGGUCAAUGGUAGUAUAGCAGGUUACCAACAGGAGGCAGCCGACAGCCGAGAUCGCCUUGCAGACCUACAGCAAGAACUGGAGAAAGUGCAGAGGGAACAAGCUGAGUUGGAGGCCAUGUUGGCAGGGGAAAGGGAUCGAGCAGCCAGGCUUGAGGAAGAUAAAAGGCAGGCUCAGCGAGAAAGAGCUGAGGCAGAAGCUGAAGCAGGCAAACAGAGAGAGCUUGAGCAGAAACUAAAAUCUGCACAGAGGGUGAAGGAAGGUAGCCAGAGCCGAGCACGUCAGCUGGAGGAGCUGCUGAGGGAGAAACAGCUGGAGGUCCAGCAGAUGCAAAAAGAUUGCAUCCGGUACCAAGAAAGAAUCAGUGUACUAGAUCGGGAAGCUAAGGCUCUCCUGUUGGGUAGAGAAGAGUUGUCCAAUGAGCUUGAAGCCACUCGUCAGGAGAUGGCAAAGAUCAAAGAAGAGAGAAGCAGACUUGAAUCAGAGUUGUCAAUGCAGAAAGGGAAGCUGGAUGUGGCUCAGAGUGAGGUGAGCCAGGCCCUUGCUGAGAAAGUGGCCUCUGAACAACUACUACAUCGGCGAGAGGCUGAGUUGAAAUCCGAAGCCGAGCGAACUCUUGAUGAGGUGAGAUAUCGCUUAGGGGCAGAACUUAAAGAAAUAGAACUAAGGUUGGAGCAGGCCUACAGAGACCGAGAAAGAGAAGAGGAGGCAACACUUGUGGCUAAGAAUAUUGCCGAUGCUGCAGAGAAAUAUGCUCAGGAAACACAAGCACGCCUGGAUGAAUCACUAGCACGACUGGCUGCCUUCUCGCGCUCCAUGUCCUCGCUGCAGGAUGACCGUGACCGCGUUCUGGACGAAGCUAAACAGUGGGAGAGCCGUUUCCACAGUGCCCUCCAGGGAAAAGAGGCUGAAUUGAGGGAGGCCGAAAGCAGAGCUAAGAACCUAUCUGAGCAACUUCAGAAGGAGACAACACAAAAAGAGCAGUUGCAGAGCUCACUAGAGAGGUUGCAGAAAGCAGAGGAGCAGUGGCAGCUGGAGUUGUCUGAGGCAGAGAAAAAGCACAACGAAUCUCUAACUGCUUUGGAGAAAGAAAGAGAAGAGUUGCAGCAGGAACUGACCCAGAAAGUUAGUUCUCUGGCACAGGUACAAUCUCAACUUGCCUCCCUGGAAGCGGAAGCAGAAGGUCUGCGCCAUCGAGCGAAGGCUCUAGAAGAAGCAGUUGACAAGCUUCAGAGCGAAGCCAGUCAAACCAGGGCUGAACUUAAGGAGCGAGAAACAGAAGAAAGAAGGUUGUGCUUAAACCUGGAGCAACUAGAGACAGACUUGCGUUCUUCUAAAACCCUUAUGGAUACUCUUCAAGCAGAAUUGGCUGAGAAGCAGAAGAGGGAAUUGGAGCUCCUUGAAGAGAAGGAACAUGUUGUCACUCAGGCUGUGGAGGAGGCCAGGAAGGAAGCAGACAGCAGGGCAGAAAAAGCAGAGGGACAGCUGGAGGAGAGAAGAGCAGUUGUGCGAGAUCUUGAGGAGAAGCUUCGUAAAACUGAGGAGGAUGCCAGCCAAAGCAAAGCUCAACUGGACACCUUCACAAAGGCUAUGGGAUCCUUGCAGGAUGAUCGGGACAGGGUAGUAAGCCAAUACAAGCAGUUAGAGGAGCGACACCUCCAGUUAAUGAUGGAGAAGGAUGGUCUCAUUCAAGAAGCUGCUACCGAAAACAAUGGCUUGAAAGAGGAGCUCCGUGCCCUUCUGGCCCAACGUGAUGACCUUAAUUCUGAAAACGCCAAGCUGGAUGCUCAACUCCAUGGCUACCGAGACGAGUUAAAGCAGGUUCUCUCUAUGAAGGACUACCAGCAUAAGAAGCUGCUUUCAGUCCAGCUUGAACGCAUCAGUGCCUUAGAAAAAGAAAGAGAAGAGGUCCUGGCCAAGAUGGAGGUUCUGGAAAAAGAAGCUUUGGUAAAAAGAGGACCUGCGGUGGAGCAUGAGAUUUUGAGCCAGUCCGGACAGGUUGAAGCAGUGUUACAUGAUGCGCCUGGUGCAGAGCUGGAGAAGCUAAGGGAACAGCUUCAAGCAGCCAGGAAGAAGAUCAGCACCCUGGAGGAAACGCUUGCAUCUGAAAGGGAGGCAUAUGCAGCCCACAGUAAGGAGUUGAAAGAGCUGCGCUGGGAGGGCGGCAUACUUCGAACGGAGACCGAGACAGCUGAGGAGAGGGUGGCUGAGUUGGCCAGAGACUUGAUGGAAAUGGAGCAGAAGUUGCUAGCAGAGAAAGAAGCAUCAGCUCAACUUCGUGCUCAGAACCAGGCCUUUGGUGAAGCCAUGGCCUCUUUGCAGGAUUCACGUGACGAGGCCAUCAAUGAAGUGAAGGAACUGCGCCUUCACAUGGAAGUGUGUCCCCAAUCGGGACACUCAUCAGCGCCACCUAGCAGCUCUACUGGUGAAGUGUGGAGCCUGAAGAAUGCUCUUUCUGCACUCCAGAAUGACCGGGAAAGAAUGCUCGAACAACUGCAGAUCCAACGCAGUGAGCUGGACAGACUUGGAGCUGGAGAGCUUGCAAGACUUGCCAAGAUCCUGGAGGAGGAAAGGAAGAAGACUGGAGAGACAGAGAAAAGGAUGACUGCGCUGCUGCAGGAGAGGGAUGCACAGCUGGAGAGGGACAGGCAGGAACUGGAGAUGCUCAAGCUGGAGCGUAUUGACUUGCAGGCUCAAGCAGAGUCUCUGAGGAAGCAAACUCUAGCAACGCUUUCUGAACGUGACCAGCGGAUACGCCAACUCGGCGCCAUGCUGGAGGAGGCGCGAUCAUCAGAACCAAAACUCCUGCAGGAACACGCACACAGACAGGGAAGAAUUUCCGAAGACAGCGCCCCCGGAGGCCCCCUCGGGCAUAGCGAGGACUAUAAGGCAGAAUGUGUUGUUCUCCAGAAGAGGUUGGAUGAGGAGAUGGAGCUGAGGCUCAGCAUACAGGAGCAGCUCUCAGCAGCACAGGAUCAUCUCCAACGAUACACGCAGGACAAGUGGCGCUCAGGACCGCGGGACAUUCACUCGGAGACGGCUGUGCUGAUCGAUCCACCAGAGGGCGCCGUUACUCGGAGCCGGAGUGGAGGUCUCGGAUUGGUGCGAACGCUGCGAGGAGCUUUCUGUUCCCGCCAGAGAACGCCGCUGCUCGUGUCUCUGUACUUACUGAUGAUCCACACCGUGCUGCUGCUCUGUCUGGGAGGAUAUCUCUGAGAGAGAGAGAGAGAGAGAGAGAGAGAGAGGCUUUACACCUUCUCUUUACAGGAGAACAGAACGAGAGAGUUCGUCCCCUUGAGAGAUCGACAGUUACAGGACACAUAACCUAUAUAUAUAUAUAUAUAUAUAUAUAUAUAUAUAUAUAUAUAUAUAUAUAUAUAUAUAUAUAUUUCCUUUUUUUCUUAUUUUUAAAUGAAUGGAUUUCUUCUUAGCUACUUUACCAAAGUCUUCCUCGUGGAGUUUCCUCCAUGUGGCCAAAAGUCUCACUGCCAAAAUCAACACUGUAUCACAGGGACCAUGAAGAAAAGUCAUGAUGUUCAAUGAGUGUAAACGUUCACCCACAUUCCAGCUGACUAAAAGCUAUUUUGAGUAAAAUCUACACUCAGCCAUGCAGGAAUGUUACUAUAAUAUAAAAUAAGAUAAUGUCCAGAGAAUUCUUCAUAAUUCAGUGUCACACUGCUGCAGGACUUUAUUCUAUCGCUUCUAUAUCAAUCAGAGAAAGGACUGCAGCGCUGUACACGGAUGUUCUAAGGAACAGCACCGGCAUUAGCUGGGAGUUUAGAUCUUCAGCUCGAAAGACGUAGCAGGUGAAAUGUGAGGCAUUUUUCAGAAAUACCCUAAUUACAAGAUGACGAUGAUGAUUUAGAGAUUCUACACGAACCUGUUCGUCUCCUUGGAGUCAAGAAAUUUGUUAUAUUUUUGUUUCCUUUUCUGACCUGUAUAAUUUUUCAGAAAAGUCUAAAGUCUAUAUCUGCUCAGAUGAGAAACUCUGGGGAACACGUGCUAUAUUUGUUCAAUGUUAAAUCAAAUUAAAGCAGCAGUCAGUGAUUUUUAAGUUGGACGCGCCUCCUCAUAUUGACCCAUUUUCAUUAAAAUGUCCGCACAGAGGAGCAACUCAACAUGAUCGGGACCACCGACUUCCAACCAAUCAUGACACAGAAGGAAAAGACAGGAAGUGUGACAGAUUUCUACAGCAUUAAAUCAAAUUAAAGCAGCAGUCAGUGAAUUUUUUUUUUUUCCCCUUUCUUUGAAACUUCUUAUAUUGAGCCCACUUCAACAAAACGUCUGGUCGGAGCACAGCGAUGUCUCUACCCGUCAGUCAUGUUGUUUGUCAAUUUAGAAAGCUCCGCCCACCUGCAGAAGUUUUCAUGCGUUCUCGCCUACACAUGUCUAAAUGACAGUAAAAUAAAGCAUUCUAAAUCUAAAACCCACCAGCUUUCACAGGGAAAAGGUGAUUUAAAGGUGUAGCCUUUUUUUUUUUUUUAGGCAGAUCUUAGUUGUUUUAAAACUCUUCAUUAAACAGAAACUGCCCAGCUCUUCAGUGUUCCUGCAAAGGCCACACCCACAAAAGAUAUGCUUAGGAUAGAAAGCCUCAGUACUUUUGCCAGAGAUGGGUGCAGCUUUCUGAAUUGAAAGGCAACAGGGCUGACAUGACAGGCACGUAGGGACGGCGCUGUGUCCUGAUUGGUUGGAUGUUGGUGGUCUGUAUUAUGAGUACGUUAUUAUGUUCGACUUAAAAAUCACUCACUGCUGCUUUAAUUUACUUGAUCAUGAUACAAACUGGUCACGUUUUCUACUUCACGUGUUUCAGCUUAAACUGUUGAAAGGUGUGAAGCUAACUUCUAGCUGUCAUUGUGUGCGUUGCCAUAGAAACGACCGAUUUUGGAAUCCGAGGAGAGUCUGAGGCGGAGCUCGCAGUCGAAUCACCGAUUUCGUUAUCUUGUAACGAACGUGAUGUUUAAAGCAUAAAAAUCAUUCCUUCUCAUUUGAGUUUGUAACGUAGAUGAUUUCUUUGGGUUUUUCUUUCCUGACUUCGCUGUUGCCAUGGCAACAACAUAUAAUACAAAUACCUGCAGCUCACUGCGAGUGGUGCACAUUCCACAAUCAGGGUUUUAAUCUGGACUUUAUGCGUUUUAAAUCGGCUCGAGCGCAGAUGUGAAAACACUAACUCCAGGGCUCUCGUGUGUUUCGCACUCGUCCUGCGAGCUCCUUUCCCUCUGAAAGACUUUUCCUGUGUUGGGUUCGGACGGGCUCCUCAUGUUAACUCUUUGUUUACCGGGUGAUUUUAAGCACAGCCCCGAGUGGGCUUCCUGUUUUACCUGUAUAAUGACCUGUAAAUGAUCUGUUUCCUCCUCUGUGUUUCUUUGUAGGGGUUAUUUUUGGAAAUAAAGCUUAUUUAUAGUAAG